UAUUGCGGUUUGCGGUAUAUGGUAAUCGUUUCUGUUUACCGCAUUUGCUAUUAAAUUUCGCACUUUCACUGCAUUAUUAUUUAGAUUGUGUAAUAAAUUAUUAUCAUAUAUUUUAAAUUUGGAAAAACGUGAACGAUUGUUGUGUCGAGACGUGAAUGUUUUAAAUUAGAAGUGUGUCGUUUUUCUUUAUGGACUUUUUUGCACAAAUUUUAUCCUGAUUUUGACGCAACUUGGCCGGAAUUUCGUAUAACCAGAUCUUAAAGGUAUUUACACGUUCCAUGUAAUUGGCUCUCUCGUUAAUAAAAACGACAUCGCUAUCAAGUAAGGUCCUUUUCCGGGAAAGCAGUGAAAACCGAGUGCAAACCAAAUAUGAACGCCAUUGUCGACAUUCGGUGUAGACGCCAUCGGUGAGAGAAUGGGACACUUCCAUAGACCUCCUUCUUUAUACACAUCUCUGUUUAAGGGGUCGGCGUAUACCCGAACACACCGUAUGCGUUGAUGGGCGGGAGCGGCAACGGGGGCGGCGGGCGGGCGGCGCGCGCGCUCCGCUUCCUACUGUUGUUCGUGCUGGCGCUCGCCGCCGUUGAGUACCUCUCGGGGUCUAUACUCGACGCGUCUCCGCUCAGAACUUAUUUGUACACCCCGCUUUAUAACGCCACCCAACCCACAAUACGAUGUAGCGAUAAGACUUCGGUACAGCGGCCUAAAAACUCUACGUACGCAAAAAACGUAACUGUUUCUCCUAAUACUGUAAAAUAUAACGCCACAAACAUAACUGCUACAAAUAUGACUCGUCAAGAUUCCACCGAAGAUACCAGUACGUCAGUGCUGAUCUCGAAACUAAUGGAUAAUAUCAAGAAUCUAGUUACAACUGAGGAAGUGGAUGUGAAAAAAACUGAACCUGCUUUGCCGCUUUGUGAUAAAUUGCCACCUGAUUUGGGUCCAAUACCAGUAAACAAAACCGAAGUGGAACUGGAGUGGGUGGAAAAGAAAUACCCGGAAGUGCAUUGGGGCGGUCGGUAUUCGCCUCCCAAUUGUACAGCCAGGUACAAAGUGGCCAUAAUUGUGCCAUUCAGAGACCGUCAGCAGCAUUUAGCGAUAUUCCUGAAUCAUAUGCAUCCAUUCCUGAUGAAGCAACAGAUAGAGUAUGGAAUAUUCAUCGUUGAACAAGAAGGCAACAGUGAAUUUAACCGCGCCAAGUUAAUGAACGUGGGCUUCAUGGAGAGCCAGAAACAGAAGGCUGGCGGCUGGGAGUGCUUCAUAUUCCACGACAUCGACCUACUGCCGUUGGAUUUAAGGAACAUGUACUCCUGCCCCAGACAGCCGCGGCACAUGUCGGCCUCUAUAGAUAAGCUCAAUUUUAAAUUACCAUACGAAGAUAUUUUCGGCGGUGUGUCAGCAAUGACUCUAGAACAAUUUGUUAAAGUCAACGGCUUUUCCAAUAAAUACUGGGGCUGGGGAGGUGAAGAUGAUGAUAUGUUCUAUAGGUUAAAAAAGAUGAAUUAUCAUAUAGCAAGAUAUAAGAUGUCUAUAGCACGAUAUGCUAUGUUAGAUCACAAAAAAUCAGCACCCAACCCCAAAAGGUACCAGUUACUGUCGCAAACUAGCAAGAUAUUCCAGAACGAUGGACUAUCGACCCUCGAAUACGAAUUAGUUGAAAUAGUCCAAAACCAUUUGUACACACACAUCUUAGCCAAUAUAGACGAGCGUAGCUGAUGGACAUAUUUCGCCAAACUGUUGUUUGGCGACGAACGGUAACGACAGUGUGGACUCGUAUGUGAUAAUCUUAUUAAUUAAUUAUACUAUACAUUCGUUUAGAUCUCUCAUUUGAAGAUUGUACAGAAUCACUGAUAUACAUUUAAAUAGAUGUCGCAACUUCGUUUUUAUAAAUAUCAUCUACUAUCUCCACAUUGUCACGUUCAACCUCAAUACACAACUUUGAUUCGUUUCGUGUAAUAACUGGAUUACCCGUCCUCACGAUUCGAUACGGGUGAUGGGACAUCCAAAGAGCAAGAACAGAUGCGACAUAUAUUUAAAAGAAGAAGGUAUAUAGCAGUGAAAGUAAGUGAAUUGCUACGUAUUUACGUCCCUUCUCCGCCUUCUAGAGAUGAUUUCGAAACUGGACGCUCCAUCUAGACAUAUAUAGCCAUCUAAACAUUUAUAGAUAGAACAUCAUGGCAUAGUUGAUCUUAAUAAAUUUUUAAAUAACUUGCGACAUCUAUUUAAGUCUAUAUCUAGUAGAACUGAAAUAAAUAAGUCCUAUGACUGGUUUACACUUGAGUACGACCCAUUGUUAAUGAAAAGUGCAUUGUAUAAAAAAAAAACAAUGUUAUACCUACUUGUCUAUGAUCUCUCUGCCUGGUUCAUAUCAUUUCAGUCGCUAAAUUCAGUACAAUAAUAAAUAUACAUAGAUAUACAAGAAAGGUUCUACAUAUUAUAAAUACUAAGAAAAUGGGUGAUUUUCAGCAAGUGUCCAACUUCUGUGGACCUUUCAAUGAUGCUUUCGACUUUACCCCAAAUACCCCGAUACCCCAAAAUAUAGAAGGAAUCGUUGUACAAAAUACUUUCUGAAGACUGGAUAUUAAAAAAAAGUUUGACGAAAUUAGAUAGAAAUGGCACGCAGAAAGCAGAAAAUCGCCCAAAUAAGUUUAGUAUAACACUAAAAUGUCACUGUCUAUCUUUCAUAAGUACGUACGUUAUGGAUACUACGUCUAUGGAGUACCUAGAUAUUGUAUACUGGAUACCUACUCUACUCUCUAGGCAAGGUACAAAUGAUUGUAUCAAUUUUUAUCAAUAAUAGAUUCCUUUGUAUAUUGUCUAGAAAAGUUACCUUUUCAUAUUAGAACUUUCUUUUAUAAUCGACUAGAAUAUUCUGGAAUUAUUUGAACUGGGCAUUAUGAUUUUUUUUUUUUUUAUUAUUAUAUAUUUUUUAUAAUUGUUAUAGUGAAUUAAUCAUGUCCCUCUUUCUCAAUAUUUACUUUAAUAAAAAAUCAAUUAAUCAAAAUAUAGCGACUGGAAAAUUCUGGAACAAUUUAAAUCAAAUUAAUUAUUAAAAUUAGUUAUCUUAUUAUAUUUUCUAUGAUGUGGGCAUGAAAUUUGUUUUUAUGUAAAUUUUGUGUUUUUUAUUCCACUACGCUAUUCGUAUGCAUUGAUAGUCAUUACGGAGCGUAAAGGAAUGUUAUUUUUUUAAUUUUUAUUUUUAUACCCUUUUUUUUCUCUUUAUUAACAAAGUAGCUAUAAGAUCGGAACAAAGUUAAAUAAGUACAUAAUACAAUAAAUAAUGUAAGUAAGCCUGUUCACAUAGUGACUUGAAAAGCAUUUGUAAACGACACAAUUUGGUACACCAUUGUCAAAGUUACCUUUAUACUCUAUCUGCUAACAUGUUAUGGGUCCCAAGAACCAUAGACACAACUGACUUACAGAUCCAAUAAAACAUUUGAUUAUGCAAAAGAAUUUACAUUGACUUUGACUCUAAUAAUAAAGAUAGCCAAAAUGUGAGCUGUCUUUCACAUAAUGCUACAACGGAUAGAGCAUAGAUAAGAACUAGAACGUCAACAAAUUGGUUCGGGAAAUCUGUUUUAUAGAAACGGGGUUGGACCCAACGAUAAUGUACUAAAUCGUGUCGCCUAUUACUAGAAUGUUAGUACAUAUUUUCUGCUUGACAUCAUAUAAAUAUAAGUGUGUACAUCAAAUACUAUACCGUUUUUGAUACAUUUUUAUAACAUUAUGCCAAUACAUACAAUAUUAAGUACAAGUUAAUAUGAUAUUAAUCAAUAAUUUAUGUUUCACACCCAUGAUUGUAUAUUUUAACACCUGAUUAAUUUUAUUGGUAAAAGUUUGCUAAGUACACAUUAUAUUUUAAUGUAAUAACUGUCGGUUUAACUUGUCUGGAAUUUGUUUCAUUUGGGAUCCUUCGUCUUUAACGGCAGUGACGAGUGUGUGUCAGAUUCUCGCUCUCAUAAAAGCCGCUCAAGACUAGGGGUCUAGAAUGGUCCCGAAACUAGUCGAGCUUUCUCGAACAAAUUACAAAUAAGUUAACCACCUAAUGGUAGUUAUUACAUUAAAAUAUAUUAGUUUAAAUUAUAAUUUGGCGUAGAUAACAAUCGAUUGUAUAUUUACUAUAUUUGAAAUUCCACUAAUUUCUUUAGACACAUGUCUAAUUUUUUCCAAAUUUGUGAUAUCGAAUAAAAAGACAUUAUUAUGUUCACAUUAUUAAACUAACUUGGCCAUCUAAAAUUAUAUUAAGGACAGAUUAUGACAAUAUGACGUACAUUACAAUAAUGUAACGUUACAGUGCUAUUGUAUUUUAUACACAGUCAUUAAUUUAUACAUGAUUAUGUAAUACAAUUCAGGUCAAAAAUCUCUUGAGUGUCUCCCUGCAAAUACUUUGAUAAAAAAAAAACCCAACUUGUUUUAUUGGUUUUUUUUUUUCUUUUGCAAUAAUCUUGUAUUUGAUUGAUAACACAAACUGUCAUUUUAUUUACUUAUAAUUACCAUAUUAUAAAUGUGCUUUUAAACUUUCCAUUAAAACACUUAGUUUGAAAAAAAAACGACGCGUUAGCCAGAUUUUAUUUUUUAUUUUUUGAAACUCGACGCUCCAACUAUAUGUAUAUUAUCUAGAUUUGAAAAUACAAACAUACGAACAUCAAUGUAACUAAAAAAUAAGCCUUCAAAAUAAUCUAGCUGCGACGUUGCGUUGACUUCUUAGUCUGAGACAUGUCAAAAUCUAUCCAUAGACAAACUACAUAGAUUUUUUCAUUGGUGACGACAAAUUCCAUUUUCAAUAUACACCUUGUACAAUUCGCGGAAAAUAACUUGAACAAGACCAUAGACAAUGCUUGCGUAGUAGGUAUUUGAUAGAUAUGUUUUCUACAUAAAAUUAUUACUGCGCGAAUUACAUGUUAGUACUCAAGUUAUUAGCUGGUAUCUAUUAACAUUUUAUACCUUUAGACUGUCAUAAAUGUCUGUUGAUUUUAAUCAGAAUUGACAGAAUCGGACUUAAAUAAAGAACCAUUAUGUUCUUGUGCUGUUGUAAACAUUAUUUCCCUAUUCAUAAUAACUAAAACCUCCUACACACCUAUUUUAAAAUAUUUUAUCGCUUUCUUUCAAAUGGGGAAUUUAACACGAAAGAAAAAGACAAAAUACAUUAAUAAUUUAUUAUGAAACGUUUGAGGUUUUUAUGAAUAAGGGGUGUACCAUAUAUUUGAAAUUGUCAACAAUAUAUUACCUACUUGGAAUAAUCAAUAAUGAUGUACUUAGGUAUUCACGGCCUAAUCGCAUAUUAUAGAACCUCGCGGGCUUUUCUUCGUUGUACGUUUUAAUACAUUUUUAUCUAUGGUUAUACGUUAUACCUAACAUCACUUUAAGGCUUUAAAUAAACCGUAAUAAUUCUUACAUAAUAUUCUUCUGUAAUGGUGUUCGCCAUAUAUUUGUUUGUACAUAUUAGGUAUCCCUAAUUAUCUCAGAGAUAAUAAUUGCACUAGUUUUUAUGCACAUAAUAUCUCCAUGUUUCCAUAAUUAAACUAUUAACAAAUUUGAAUAAUAAUAAUAAUAAAUAUGUACUUAAUAAUAGUUGGAAAAUCCAUGUAUAUAGCUUGUUGUAGAUAUUACAUAUAAAAAUAAGUUUACAUUAUAAAAAUCGCUUAGAAUUGUAAAAAAAAAAGUACAGACAACAUGAACGUGCUAAAUAACAAUAUUGAGUUAGUAAUAAGGACUAGUCAAAUAUUUUUAUGCUUUUUUUUUAAUUUACAUUUUAAAAUCUGAAUUAUUUUAUGUAUAGAAAAAAAAAAACAUGAGUACAUUAAGAUAAUGAAAUAAUUGUAAUAUGUACCUAUUCUAAUAAUAUGCAUUACCUAUCGCUGUUUAUCUAAUAGUCAACCUAUAAAGAUGGCUAUUCGAAUAACCAUUCCAAAAGCUUGUUCCAAUAAAUAAUUAAAUUUAAGAUUCUUUUAUCUUUUAUUUCAAGAAACAAUAUCUCUAAAUAUUCAGUUUUGUAAAUAAAAAUCUAAUUUCCAUAAUAACCUAGUUAUAAGGGAUACAAUGUGAUACCAAUAAUAUUGAUAAUUGUAAAAGAUUAAACCAUUGCUCAUAUUUAAAAAAAAAUCAUAGGUACUUGAACAAGAAGAUACUAAGUACUCUGUAAUAUACCUAAAUGGCUUAAAUAAUACGUACUUUAAAAAGGUUACACUCGCCACCCUCCUAAUUUUUUUUUUUUUUCUGGAGCAAAGUCCAACAUUAUAAAUAACUAUCCCGUAAAUGUUGUAUAAUGAAUCCAUAGAAAGUAAAUUAUACUUAUUAGAUAUUCCCCCAUUUUAUCUUUUUAAAUUAUAAAUAGGUAUUUUCAAUUAUUUAUUAUUAAUUCGAAAUGGUACCCAGUAUAUUAUAAAAGGAACUAUUAUAUAUUUCUAUAAAUAUAUCAUCGAAUAUUGCUUAGUAAAUUAUUCUAAAGUUACUACACUGUGUAACUGGUUGCCACUAUGAGCAAUGGCUUAUCUUUAGGUUGGCCUAUAUUUAGGACUGAUAACUUAUUCUCAGUUUUAUUGCUUAAUCAUUUUUGCAUAUUUUCAAUAAAAUGUACAUAUAUUUUCUUGAUCUGGAUAUAUUUUUUACACUUUUAUUAAGUUUUAUCUGUUAACUUGCAAAAUAAUACAUAGGUGUAAUAAAAUCCUAAUUUAUUUGUAUCUAUAAUAAGCGUUUCAACAACAUAUAUACACUUUGUACUGUUAUAUCGUUUAAAUUAAAAAGAGACAGACUAAUAUUUUUUGCAAUGCUAUUUAAAUUCAAAAUCUUCGAAUAAUCAAUCAAUUGGUGACAGCAAUAAUGUUAUAAAUCAUUGGAUGACAGUAAAUUACAUGAUACGUCUUAAAGAGUGUUUUUUUUUUCCAUAAAUGAUAAUGGAAUACUAACGUCGUGUGCUCUAUUAGAAUACGCUGGCGGGAUACCAAUGAAGGAUGAUAAGUGAGGAUGGAAAUAGGUCAGUUGGUCCAUCAUCAUGGACAAACUGACCUGAGUUUACCUUCAUUUAUCGUCACUCACUAGUAUAUACCGAUAGUGCGGACGGGUUUACUAUUCCAUUUUUACCAUAUUAAAAAAAUAAUACGCCGUGUUGGUAUGAAAAGUUUAAAAUUUAUAUUGUCUUUUUUCAACUCACGUCUUUUUUGGGAACAAUGUUCAGUUUCAAUCUGAGAACACUUCCUUUGAAAUAUGCAAAUACAUUCGAUUUCAUCUUAUAUAUUAUUACAACAUGUCAUGUCGGACAUUUAUAUCCGCUAAGUAUACUACUGUAAUUUUCUGUUUUCCAUCCAUUUGCUUGACUUGGGUUUUGAAGAGAAUAGCAAAGUGUGUGUAUUUAAUAGUCUAGUAGCUCCAAUAGAGACAAUAUUAAUGAACAAAAUUUAAACGAUAUGAUCAGUUACAGACUGUGACCGUACAUUAUGACGCUGUUAACUUGUUGGUAUUUUACGAUCUGUAAUUAAUAUAUCAAUUUUAUUUUUAUUUGGUUCUCAUGAGACCAUCAUACAUCAUCACUGCAAUGUUAAAACAUAAUACACGUCUCAUGAACUAUACGAAAAUUGUACCAUAUUUAAAUAGAUAUUGCAUGAUAAUGAAAAUAGUGGUAACUAGAUUAACAUAAAAUAGGCAUUUUAUACCAAUAUUAUUUAUUUUUUAUUAGCCCGACAUUAGUUAUACAAGUACAUAUAGGUAUUAAGUGAUUCGUGCAAGUUGAUUUGUCUUUUUUAUUACUUUUUUUUUUUAUUAUUAUUAACUAUUUUUAUCUCAAAUCCAUUCACGCAUACGUCGUCGCAGUUGUCAACUAUUUAAUGUUAUAUUUUUCAUUCACAAUCAUACUACCUACCUAUGUGUAAGGCCAAAAAUUAGCUUAACCAAUUUACUUAGAAUCUAAUCGAAUCUUGUUUAUUACAGAAUCUUAGUAUUUUAUACAAUAUGAGAAUGAAAUGUUAACUUAUUUCAUACUAGUUUUAACUCAGCUUAUAAAUCCAAAUCCUUGUAAUAAAUAUACCUAACGUAGGAUCGAGAAUAGGAUUUAGAUACCAUUGAGUUACUUAAAAAAAAAGUGAUAACUAUUUGAUGAUACGGUUAUUUUUAUGUCAAAAUUUGUUUUUCUGAAUAUAUUUUGUUUUUCAUAUAACAA